AUGCAGCUCGAGGCCACGCUGGACCUGGCUGAGCGGCGCCGCAUCCGUUCGGCCAUCCGGGAGCUGCAGCGGCAGGAGCUGGAGCGGGACGAGGAGGCGCUGGCAUCCAAGCGCUUCCGCCCAGAGCGCGGCAGCCACAGACAGGACGACAAGGAGAACUGGCCACGGUCUCAGCACCUGGAGGAGGAGCAGCAGGCAGCCCUGGCCGCCUUGUCCCAGGAGCUCGAAACAAUCACCAGCGUGGAGGAGCUGACAAAACUGCUGCGGGCAGCAGGUGAGUAUGAGGAGCGCAAGGUGAUCCGAGCUGCCAUCCGUAAGCUGCGGGCUGAGGAGAUCGAAGCCGCGACACUGGCUGGGAAUGUGCAGAGCAGCCGGAGGGAUGGCAACGAGCCCUGUACUGUGCCUGGGGAUGCGAAAAGUAUCCAGAGGGACAAUGCUGAAACACCAGCCCUUACUGGGAGUGGGGAAAGCCUUGGUGAGGGCAGCACCAAGCCCCUGGGCACAGCCAGGAGAGGGGAGAGCAGCCGUCAGGACGAUGCAGAACUGCCGACACUGGCUAAGCUAGAGGAGAGUGGGCACAGGGGGGCUGCUGAGCAGCCCCCUGCCCAGGAGCCCGAAGUUUUGGCGGACCAUGAGCGAGAGGACAUGGUGGAGCAGGAGCAUGUCCCAGCCAGGAUGCAGGAGCUGUGCAGCCAGCAGGCGGGAGACCCCCAGAAACCCAGUGUCCAGGAAGUGGUGUCGGGGACCCUUGUGCUUCUGGAGCUGCAGCCGGCCCCAGAGCCCAAUCCGGAGCCUGAGGAUGGUGUUCAGGAGCUGGAGCAGGGCCAGCCCCAGAGGCAGCAACAGGCAGCCUGGAAGGCAGGGAGCCUGGACAGCCCAGCCAGUGCUGCAGAGCCCAGCAGGAGGCAAAGCCCUAGAGGGGAGCAGCCACCCUUGGGCCAGCCUGGUGCUGUCAGCCAGCUCCAUGUUGGGGUGCGCUGCCAGGCACUGGGGCCAGAUGGGAGACAGGGGAGGCCACCAGUGGCGCCAAUGUCCACCCAGGAUCUAGUAGGGACCCCAGCUCGCCUGAACACUCACCAGUGGGAGCAGGUGCCCUCCUCCUUGUGCCCAGCUGGCCCCACGGGUAAGAUCUCAGUGGUGCCUGCCUCUGUUCUCUGCUUCCUGCUGGUAGGAGAUUCCUGGCGGAGCCUUGGCAGACAUGGAACUCCAAAGUACCGGGACGCUGCAGGAUGCUGCUGGCCACCCACUUGCUCUUUUGCUCCCUGCCCAGUAUCCCUCCUUCCCUCCCUCCCAUCCAUGUUCGAAAGCACCUGGCCCUGGCAGGAGUGGGGAGAUGGGCGUGUGCAGCCCCUCGCUCCCCGCAUCACGGCCGCCCCCAGCAGCCAGCGGGCAGAGGUGACCCUGGGGCUGCGGAGCACCCCCAUCCGCAUCACCACCAUCCCCAGCAGUGUCAGCAGUAUCUGCAACAUCAGCAGUGUCAGCAGCAAUGUCACCAAGGACCCUUGCACCCACUUUGAGGGCACCGAGGAGCCCAGCGGCCCUGUGGCCCAUCCACCCGCUUUCUCCAGCACGUGCCAACAAUCGGCCCUGCACCUCUCCCGGACCAACAGCAGCAUGGAUCCGGAGGUGGUGGAGCAGCCCCAGGUUCUGAGGCUGGAGCCAGAGCUACCCAACGGCAUGGAGAAGGUGCAAGUGAGGGAGGUAGAGAGAAGGAGCAAGCUGAAUGUCGAGGAGCUGAGCAGGAUUGAGGAUGAGGAUGUUCUGGAUAAGAUGCUGGAUCGGACAACAGACUUUGAGGAGCGACGGCUGAUCCGAAAUGCCAUGCGGGAGCUGCGCCAGCGCAAGCGAGACCAGCGGGAGAAGGAGCGAGACCAGCGGCUGCAGGAGGCUAGGAGCCAGGCUAUGGCGGGAAGGGCUGGCCACGCCACCGAGACCACCACCACACAGAGCACUCAGUCAGCUGACGGCUCAGCACGCAGCACCGUCACCAAGACUGAGCGUCUCGUCCAGUCUAGUGAUGGCACCAAGACCUCCCGUACCACAACCAUGGAGUCGAGUUAUGUGAAGAGAUCGGACAGUGGCAACAGCACAUUUGUUCAAACCAAAUCAUCCUACAGCUCCUCGUCCAAGAAGACUGGCAGCGUCUUCGACCGUGAAGAUGAGAGUGCCUCCAGGCAGAGCAGCCUGGCUGCACUGGAGCGGCGUCAGGCAGAGAAGAAGAAGGAGCUAAUGAAGGCUCAGAGCCUGCCCAAGACCUCAACCUCACAGGCACGCAAGGCCAUGAUGGAGAAGCUGCAGAAGGAAGGCGGGAGCUCACCAAACCCCGCAGCAUCACAGACCAGUGUGCAGCGCUCCUCCAGCUUUGGCGUGCCCAAUGCCAACAGUAUCAAGCAGAUGUUGCUGGACUGGUGCAGAGCCAAGACCCGGGGCUACGAGCAUGUAGACAUCCAGAACUUCUCAUCCAGCUGGAGUGAUGGCAUGGCCUUCUGUGCCUUGGUCCACAACUUCUUCCCUGAUGCGUUUGACUACAGUAAGCUGACACCCCAGAACCGCCGCCACAACUUUGAGGUGGCCUUCUCUUCUGCAGAGAAGCACGCGGACUGUCCACAGUUGCUGGACGUGGAGGACAUGGUCCGGAUGCGCGAGCCAGAUUGGAAGACGCUGGUGGACUGCGUGCCGCUGGUGGAGGUCGAAGACAUGAUGAUCAUGGGGAAGAAGCCAGACGCCAAGUGCGUCUUCACCUACGUGCAGUCCCUCUACAACCACCUGCGUCGCCACGAGUUGCGCAUGCGGCAGAAAGAGUGCUAGAGCCUGCCCUGCCCACCCCCCUACUGUCCUUGCUGCCAGGGCUGCCAGUGGGCAGGGGAGCUGCCUGCCCCAGGAGGGUCUGGCAGGGCCACAGGUCUGGCACUGGGGACAGGGGGAACUCUGACACCCAGACAGUCCCAUGCCUCUGCCUUGCCAGAGCUGCCUCUGCCCCAGCCAGCUGCGGGCUGACCCCAUGAGCAGGGCCAGGCAGGCACUGCUGGGGAUGCUCCUGGCUUGGCUUGUCCCCUGCGCUCCAGCCUGUUAAGUUAUUUGUUCUUCAGGAAUUGUGUACCCUGCGGGCAGCACUCCUGUGUCCCUGGGUGGCACAGCUGCACCCUCAGGCCUGGGGCACAGUGUGGGUCAGUGGCUGAGCAGGACCCUGUAGCCUAGCCAGGCAUCCCACAGGCAGCACCUGUCAGUGGUUCCCUUGGCUCCCUGUGAGGAAGCCCCUCUGCCCACCGCAGGCCCUGCUUGGUGUCACCUCCCUGGGGACAGCUCCACAGCUGUGCUGACACCCUGCUUCCCACCUUCACGUGCACCUGGGGCACUUCUGCACUAGGGGCUGCAGCACCUGUGGGCUGGGGAGCGGGCAGGGGUGAGAGGUCCCAGGAGAGCACAAGGCUGAAGGAGCGAGCCAGGAUGGCAGCCCCUUCUCCCCUCUCCUGCUCAGGGCACCACGCGCUCAGCGCCGCUCGCCCCUCCGUCACGUCUCUACACCUGUAAUGACACGUGUACCAACACCAGCCAGACAAUAAAGGUUUACCUAGG